CGUCCUCUGAUCCAUACCACAAAGCAACAAGAAAGAACCCAUCCUCUUCUGCUUCAGGAAGCCUUUUGAGCUUGAGUUUUCACCAUCCGUCACCAUGAUUCAAGAACUGCUCGGAGGGGCAGCCAUGGACCAGCUGAAGGGCGUGAACGAUGGGAACCCGACAUCUCUGCCCAUGUUGCUGCAUCCCAUCGCCUCCAACCCGUCGCCCACGUCGUCGACGUCGACGUCGUCGCGCUCGUCUGCGCAGCAGCCGCAGCGGUCGACGUCGUCGCCCCAGGGGCAAGGGCAGGGGCAAGCGGCGGCGGAGCAGGCGCCGUUGCGGUGCCCCCGAUGCAAUUCCUCCAACACCAAGUUCUGCUACUACAACAACUACAACCUCACCCAGCCGCGCCACUUCUGCAAGACGUGCCGCCGGUACUGGACCAAGGGCGGCGCGCUCCGCAACGUCCCCAUCGGCGGCGGCUGCCGCAAGCCGCGCCCCAUGCCGACGCCCGUCGCGAAGGCGGCGGUCUCCUGCAAGGCCAUAGGCGCCGCGCCGUCGCUCGGCCUCGGCGUCGGCGUGGGCAUGGGCGCCGGCCCCGUACCCUGGGCCUCCCCGCAGCAGGCGGCCGCCGCGCAGCUCAUGGCGCUCCUCAACAGCGCCAGGGGCGGGCAAGGCCACGGCGGCAGCAAUGUGCACAGGUUCCUCGGCCUCGACACCAUGGGGCACCUGCCCCUCCAGGUCCUGCAGGGCGCGGGCAAUGCCGCGCUGCGUCCGGUCCCUACACCGUCGCACAUGGACUCCCAGUUCGGCAUGGGUCCGCUGGGCCACCACGAUGUGCUGUCAGGCCUCGGGCUAAAGUUUCCCCCGCCACCUUCGUUGCCGCCGGCGACCUACUACAAUGACCAGCUGCACGCGGUGGUGAGCAGCGCGGGGCGCUCACACGAGUACGACGCCUCCGCCACGUCCCGGCUGCCUUGCACCACCACGGUCACCUCUCUCCCGUCGGCCGUGUCGAGCGUCUCAGCGGCGCUGAGCAGCAGCACGGUCGGACUAGACCUCCCGCCGGUCUCCCUCGCCGCGCCCGAGAUGCAGUACUGGACCGGCCCAGCGGCGAUGUCGGUGGCUUGGCCGGACUUUCCCACCCCCAAUGGCGCGUUCCCAUGAGAGUCAAUCCCUACGGCGGACGGCUCAGCUGUUACAUGACAUUAGCUCUAGCUAGCACGUACAACGUAAUCAGUAGCUCGAUCAAUUCAGUGUAGUUCGUGUGGUUUGACUACUGUGUUUUUAGUGAGAAUCCGGAGGAGGUUUAUUAAGGGUGUUUUAAUUACUGUUGUUUUUGUUAAUCAGUGCCUCAGUGGGAGAAUGGGAGUAACCUUUU